AUCCCUAUGGAGACAGGAGGCAAGUCUGCUGCAGAUUCACUUCUUCCCAUCGUACAGAGUCAAAGAGAGAGGUACAGACUCCGCGCUCAGGAACUAGAGGCGCAUUCCCUGGGACAACAACAACAAGUCACUCUGCUACAGAAUGAGAUUGAUAAACUGCGCUCCGACAACGUGAAGCUGUUCGAGAAGAUACGCUUCCUUCAGAGUUACCCCACCAAGGUAAAUAGUGUUUGGACUAGGAUUUUAUUCAGAUCAAAUUUCCUUUGGCAUUUAUUGAAAAGCAGCAUGCAAAAUACUUAAGUUCUGUCAUCAUAA